UCCUCCCAUCUCCCCCAACUCUUUCUCCUCCAAGAACCUCAAUAAUGGUAAAAAAAAAUUAAAAUUAAUCUUUCAAUUACAAACAUCUCUAAUCAAAGUUUAAACUAAUCCAUUUUCAUUAAUUUUACAUUUUUUUUUGUUUUGACUUUGUUCUUGGAUCUUGAUCUCCCCCUACCCACCUAAUAGUCCACUCCAAAUCUUUCAUUAUUCCAUUUUUAAAUUCUUCAAACCUCAUUCUUCUCCCUCCCUAAUUAGUCCACCCCCUUCUUAAUCUCUUCCUCUAAUCACCCAUUUUCUUCAUAAAAAUCCAAUCUUUACUUCAUUUCAAGAAACCCCACAAAGUAAUCUUGAACAAUAACCAAUCCCUUCAAGAAAUCAAUAAGAUUCUUAUUCUUAUAGAUAAGUGCUAAAAUUCCCCAUACCCCUUUUUCUUGUUUUCCUUAUCCCAAUUUACAUUAUCAAGAAUCAAUCUUUCUUUCAUUGGGGGCAAAAAUAUAGAGAAAAAAAGGAAAAUUUCUCAAACCCUUAUCUUGAUUAAUCAAGAAAAACCAGUGGAAAAAGAUUUGGAGAGUUUCUUGAUUUGGGUAUUGUUUAAAUUUUCAAGAUUUGUUUAGAAUAAUGUCCCAAAUGAAGCACAUUGAUAAUACUCCAUCAACCCCAGGAAAAUUCAAGAUUGAAAAAUCUCCUUAUAAUAGGCUUAGGCUACAAUUUUCUUUAGCCAAGAUCAUUUUUUGGUCACUUGUUUUUGUGGGGUUAAUCUUUGUAUUCUUUUACAGAUCACCAUCAUCUUCCUCUCAUGUUUCUUCAGAUCUCUUCAGGAGAUCUCUUAGAACAAGCUCUUAUGGUGGUCCAGCUUGGGAGAAAAAGAUUAAGGCUUCAACAAAACCAAGGUCAAGUAAUGGUAUUUGUGUGUUGGUAACUGGUGCAGCUGGUUUUGUAGGAACACAUGUAUCAGCUGCUUUAAAACGCCGCGGUGAUGGCGUGUUGGGGUUGGAUAAUUUCAAUGAUUAUUAUGAUCCCUCGCUCAAAAGAGCAAGGCAAGAGCUACUAGAGCGCUCUGGGGUGUACAUUGUUGAGGCUGACAUCAAUGAUGCCACCCUCUUGAAGAAACUUUUUGAAAUUGUUGCAUUUACUCAUGUUAUGCAUUUGGCUGCACAAGCCGGUGUGCGAUAUGCUAUGGAAAAUCCUAGCUCAUAUGUGCAUAGUAAUAUUGCUGGACUUGUUAAUAUGCUUGAGGUUUGCAAAAGUGUUAAUCCUCAACCUUCUAUUGUGUGGGCGUCGUCUAGUUCUGUAUAUGGAUUGAAUACUAAGGUACCCUUUUCAGAGUGGGAUAGGACAGACCAGCCUGCUAGUUUAUAUGCUGCUACUAAGAAGGCUGGUGAGGAGAUUGCUCAUACCUAUAAUCAUAUAUAUGGGCUUUCGAUAACUGGAUUGAGGUUUUUCACAGUUUAUGGACCGUGGGGGCGGCCAGAUAUGGCGUAUUUCUUUUUCACUAGGGAUAUUUUGAAGGGAAAGUCAAUUCCAAUCUUUGAGGCAGCUAAUCAUGGCACGGUCGCGAGGGAUUUUACCUACAUUGAUGACAUAGUUAAGGGUUGUUUGGGGGCAUUGGACACGGCUAAGAAGAGCACCGGAAGUGGUGGGAAGAAGAAAGGUCCUGCUCAAUUGAGGGUGUUCAAUUUGGGCAACACUUCACCUGUCCCGGUAUCUGAUCUUGUCAGCAUUUUGGAGAAGUUGUUAAAGGUAAAGGCUAAGAGAUUGAUUAUGAAGUUACCAAGGAAUGGAGACGUGCAGUUUACUCAUGCAAAUAUUAGCUUGGCUCAGAAGGAGUUUGGGUAUAAGCCUACCACAGAUCUACAGACAGGAUUGAAGAAAUUUGUUCGAUGGUACCUUAGCUACUAUGGUAAUGGAAAGAAAAGCGCGCAGUGAUACAUUCCGAUUCAAUCGAGUGUGAUGUCCAAGAAAAGGAAGAACGUAGCAGCAGGGUGUGGAUACGCUUCUGUCUCAUGGGUUUCUCUCAUCGUAGUUACUGCUUUUGUCCAUGGCUGUUCAAAUAUGAUUUGUUGGAGAUGCUAAACUCGAACUGUAUCUGUCUCAUGGGUUUCUCUCAUCGUAGUUACUGCUUUUGUCCAUGGCUGUUCAAAUAUGAUUUGUUGGAGAUGCUAAACUCGAACUGUAUCUAGAUUUUUUAGUUUUGCCUCUGAAACAAGUGCAUUAAGAUAUGUAAAAUGUGAAAGGUUGCAUGCUUGCUGGGAAUGAUUCUUGGGGAACUGUUGGAGGAAUAUUUAAAUAAAGCUUGCUGGAUUCUAUAAACACUUGCAUUUUCUUAAAGAUAUCUGAUGCUGUUGAACACAAAAAUAAUGAAGGAAUUUAUCUUACUAGUGUGUAUUUCACUGUCUGUGUUUACUAGUUUUCCUCAGAUUUCAUUUUCUUUUUAGAUAUCUUUAAGACAUUUGGCAGUUGGGAUUUUGUGUCAUGGGAACUUUUGAGUAAGUUAUUAGUACAUGGAUGGUUGCUAUGUUUUGGACAAAGUGCUGUCAAUUAGAUAGCUGAUAGCAGAUAUGACAAUUCUUUUGAACUUUUGAGUUAAGGGUGAAUUAUUUAACACAUGGAUGGUUGCUAAUUGAUAAAAGGCAUUAGCUAAAGAUUUUGGGCAAAGUGCUGCCAAAUGCUAGCUGAUAGUAGUUGUGACAAGAUGCCUGCUUGGUGUAAUUUAGACAUGUGAUACGGAAUCACAUUGAUUUUAAGUUGAAAUUUUGUUUGAACAUGCAAUUUGUAAGAAAAGCAGACUAUAUCUCUAAACCCAAUAUAGAUAUGGAGUAAGGUAAUUCAGUUCAUCAUUAACUAACACGGCAGAUAUUCGUAACAAUUUUAACGCAUUGGCAAGAUCGACUACUAAACAUAAGCAGCCAAGAUUUGAAUAUAUGACAUCUAAAGAAAGAAAAG